CAGAUUUGCUUUGGAUUAGCAAUCAGAACUUAAGUUUAUCUGAUGGAAACAAAAUCUGAAAAGAGAAGAUUGCGAGUCCCAUGAUGUAAGACAGUGUUUGGGUGAUUCCGUUUCCAUUGGUACUAAGCUAUAUCUGAGCAUAGAAUGGAAUUCAGAACUUCAUGAAAGAAGAACUGCUGUCUAGAGGGUUGAUGUCACAUAGCCUGUGUCCUCACUGACAGUGGCUAUCCAUUCUGCCAACUCUGGUGGAAGAUUACACUUCUCAAAACUUUAUCCAGCCAAGAAGACUCAGAAGGUAUGUUUAAGUCUUUUGACCUCCGCACGAUAAUUAUGUUCGCCAUUGGUAGCGGGAUCCUGGCGGCCAUGCUCAUGCUGAUAGGACUGGUCCUCUGUCUUCACGUCAAACUCUCCAAGGCACUGAAAGCUGCAAAGGAAUGCUGUUCAAACAAGUUCCAGAGUAAGGGAAACCCACCUAAAGGCAUCACCGAGACUUCUCCUGCCCUCCAGUGCUGUGAUGAAUGUAGCAUGUAUACAGAUUAUGAUUCCCUGCCACCUUGCCUUUGUGGCAAAAAUGAGGGACUCUGACAUGGGAAUG